GAGGAUUCUGGAGAGACCUGCAAAUGGGCAGCUCUGAGCUCAGUCCUGGGCUCUGAACCCACCCCGGCAGGGCAUUUGCCCCCCACCUCACCCCCUCUAGGUGCUGUAACUCAAGGGUUGAUUCCAGGAGUCCAGAUCCCAGGAGAAGAAAGAAUCUGAGGAAUCCAGAAUAGCUCCCCUGCCUGGGACAGAGAUGGCUGGAGGAACCCAGGACCAGCUGGCCCAUUACUUGGAGCUACUGAAGAAGGAGGAGCUAAAGGAGUUCCAGCUUCGUCUAUCCAACACAACAUUCUUUGGGUGCUCUUCUGGGGUGACACCAGCUCAAGCAGAGAAGGCAAGUGGCAUGGAGGUGUCCUCGCAACUGGUGGCUCAGUAUGGGGAGCAGCAAGCCUGGGACCUGGCCCUCCACACCUGGAAACAGAUGGGCCUGAAUCUGCUGUGUGCCCAGGCCAUGGCAGAGAGAGCCUUGAUAUCAACCCACUCUCCCUCAGUCCUCAGCUCUCCAAGUAUACCCACCAUGGAGUCCCCCAGCUCGCCCACCUCCACAGAAGUGCUGAAGCUCUGGGAUUAUUCUGGCCUGGGGUGCACCCAGGAAUCAGAGAGAAGAAUUUUUCCUGACACACUUGAAUACAUCCAGAAAGGAUACCCUUCCUUGUUUCUUCUCCAAGCUCCUUCAAGCUCCACAGACCACGAGUCUCCAAACCAAGAGUCACCCAAUCCCCCAACCUCCACAGUGCUGGGGGGCUGGGAACCUCCACCUCAGGUCAACCCAGAACCAAGCCAUCAGGGAGCUCCUGAGACUGAGUGGCUACUGCCUGAAACAUCUGGAAACUGUUACACAGGAAUCGGAGAAAGAUACCAAAACCAGAGAAAAGAAAAGUUCUGCCACACACAGUCCUGGAAAAAUGAUGAUUUGCACCAAAAAUUCACACAGCUGGUACUUCUACAAAAACCUCAUCCUGGAGGCCAGGAUCCCCUGGCCAGGAAAAGCUGGCAUCAUGAUGUAGUGGAGGAACAAGGACAUUUGAUUGAGAUCAGCGAAUUAUUUGGCCCAGACCCAGGUAUCCAGGAGGAACCUCAUACUGUUAUACUGCAUGGGGCUGCUGGAAUUGGAAAGUCAACACUGGCCAGGCAGGUGAGAGGAGCCUGGGAGGAAGGCCAGCUGUACAGGGACCGCUUCCAGCAUGUCUUCUACUUCAGCUGCAGAGAGCUGGCCCAGUACAAGGUGGUGAGUCUGGCUGAGCUCAUCUCAGAAGAUUUGGCAGCCCCUGCAGCUCCCAUUGGGCAGAUCCUGUCUCAGCCAGAGCAAUUGCUCUUCAUCUUGGAUGGUGUCGAUGAACCAAAAUGGGUCUUGGAGAAUCAGAGUUCUGAGCUCUGUGUGCACUGGAGCCAGCCGCAGCCCAUGCAUGCACUGCUGGGCAGUUUGCUGGGGAAAGCCAUACUCCCUGAGGCCUCCUUGCUGGUCACAGCUCGAACCACAGAUCUGAAGAAACUCAUUCCUUCUUUGAAGCAACCACGUUGGGUAGAAGUCCUGGGCUUCUCUGAGUCUGGCAGGAAAGAAUAUUUCUACAAAUAUUUCACAGACGAAAGCCAAGCAAACAGAGCCUUAACUUUGCUGAAAUCAAAUCCUGAGCUCUUGACCUUGUGUCUCGUGCCCUUGGUGUCUUGGCUGGUCUGCACUUGCCUGAAGGAGCAGAUGAAGUUGGGGGAAGCACUCCCACCCACCUUUCAGACCACCACAGCCCUCUGUCUGCACUACCUUUUCCAGGCCUUCCCAGCUCCACACCUAGGGACACAGCUCAGGGACUUCUGCUCUCUGGCUGCUGAAGGCAUCUGGCAAAGAAAGACAGUGUUCAGUGCAGGUGACCUCAGGAAGCACCGGUUAAAUGGAGCCAUCAUUACCAUUUUCUUGAAGAUGGGUGUUCUUCACAAGCACCCCAACUCCCUGAGCUACAGCUUUAUUCAUCUCUGUUUCCAGGAGUUCUUUGCAGCAAUAUCCUAUGCCUUGAGGGAUAAGGAGGAAAGAAGCAAAAGUCCUGAUGGCCUUGCAGGUAUAGCAGAACUGCUAGAAGCAUAUGGAAGGCACAACCUCUUUGGGGCACCAACCAUGCGCUUCCUAUUCGGCCUCUUAAGCAAUCAGGGGUCAAGAGCAAUGGAGAACAUCUUCACUUGCAGGCUGUCUCAGAAAAGGAAAUGGGAGCUGCUGUGGUGGGCCGAGGCUGAAUCCCCACCUGGGCAGCUACACUCUCUGGAGUUUCUCCACUGUUUGUAUGAGACUCAGGAUGAGGAAUUCCUAAUGCAGGUGAUGGCCUCUUUCCAAGGAACAAAGAUGUGUGUCCAGACAGACAUGGAGCUUCUGGUGUUCACUUUCUGCAUUAAAUUCUGCAGCCACGUGAAAAGACUUCAGCUGAAUGAGAGCAGACAGAAGAGACAAGCAUGGAGGCCUCCUGGAAUUGUUCUGUCCAGGUGGACCCCAAUCACCAACAACAGUUGGCAGGUUCUCUUCUCCACACUUGGGAUCAGUGGAGGCCUGAAGGAGCUGGACCUAAGUGGAAAUUCGCUAAGUCACUCUGCAGUGCAGGAUCUUGGUAAGACCUUGAGACAAUCUUCUUGCAACCUGGAGACCUUACGGUUGGCCAGCUGUGGCCUCACUGCUGAGAGCUGCAAGGACCUUGCCUUGGGGCUGAGCACCAGCCAGACCCUGACUGAGCUGGAGCUGAACUUCAACUUGAUAACAGACGCUGGAGCCCAGCACCUUUUCCAGGAGCUGAGUCAGAAUCAUUGCAAGCUACAGCGACUGUGGCUGGUCAGCUGUGGUCUCACUUCCAGCUGCUGCCAGGACCUGGCCUUUGUGCUCAGCUGCAGCCCCAGCCUGACGGAGCUAGACCUGCAGCAGAAUGAUCUGGGCGACCAUGGUGUGAGGCUGCUGUACAAGGGGCUCAAGCAUCCCACCUGCCAACUCACACUCCUGUGGUUGGACUAUACCCUUUUGAGUGACCAAGUGAGGGAAGAGCUGAGGGCCCUGGAAGAAGAGACACCCAGGUUGCUCAUCUCCAGCAGAUGGAAGCCAAGUGUGAUGAUCCCUACUGGGAACCUGGAUGGAGGAGAGAUGGGUAAGAGCAUGUCCUCACUCAAGCGGCAGAGAUCACAAUCAGAGGGAGGCUCCCCACAAGUAGCACAAGCGGAAUCCUUCCAUCUGUCUUCUUGUGCCUCUUUGGAGGACUUGCACACAGAGUCUGUGGGAACUGAAGAAAACUUCUGGGGCCCCACAGGGCCUGUGGCUCCUGAGAUGGUGGACAAAGAGAGGAGCCUGUACCGAGUUCACUUCCCUGUGGCUGGUCCCUACUACUGGCCCAACACGGGUCUCAGCUUUGUGGUGAGAAGGGCAGUGACCAUCGAGAUUGACUUCUGUGCCUGGGACCAGUUCCUAGGCAACACUGUCCCACUGCACAGCUGGAUGGUGGCAGGGCCUCUGUUUGACAUCAAAGCUGAGCGGGGAGCUGUGGCCGCUGUGUACCUACCUCACUUUGUGGCCCUCCAAGGGGGGCAUGUGGACAUCUCCCUGUUCUAUGUGGCCCACUUUAAAGAGGAGGGGAUGUUCCUGGAGAAGCCAGCCAGGGUGGAGCCACACUACGCAGUCCUGGAAAACCCCAGCUUCUCCCCGAUGGGAAUCCUCCUGAGAAUGAUCCCCACCGCCCUGUGCUUCAUCCCCAUCACCUCCACCACACUGCUGUACCAUCAACUCCGUCCCAAGGAAAUCACCUCCUUCCACCUCUACCUGAUCCCUAGUGAUUGCUCCAUUCAGAAGGCCAUAGAUGAUGAAGAAAAGAAGUUCCAGUUUGUCCGAAUACACAAGCCACCUCCAGUGACACCCCUUUACCUGGGAUCCCGCUAUACUGUGUCUGCUUCAAGGAAGCUGGAAAUCAUUCCUAAGGAAUUGGAGCUCUGCUAUCGGAGCCCUGGAAAACCUCAGCUCUUCUCUGAGUUCUACGUUGGCCACUUGGGAUCAGGGAUCAAGUUGCAAAUAAAAGACAAGAAAGGUGGAACUAUAGUAUGGAAGGCCCUACUAAAACCAGGUGACCUCAGACCUGCAGCUACUCUGAUCCCUCCAGUCACCAAAGAUGCCUCAGGCUCACUGCACUUCGUGGAUCAGCAUCGGGAGCAGCUGGUGGCCCGAGUGACAUCAGUGGACCCUGUCUUGGACAAGCUGCAUGGACAGGUGCUGAGCGAAGAACAGUAUGAGAAGGUACGGGCUGAGACUACCAAGCCAGGUCAGAUGCGCAAGCUCUUCAGCUUCAGCCGGUCCUGGGACUGGUCCUGCAAAGACAAGCUCUACCGAGCCUUGAAGGAGAUCCAUCCUCACCUGAUUGUGGAACUCUGGGAGAAGUGGGGAGAAGACUUAGGAGUCUCUGACAGGCUCAGCAACUGAAGUCUGAGCACUCACCUUUGAGUCCUGGCUCUGCCUGAUCCUUCUUUGGGUCUCAGUUUCUUCAUCUAUAAACAAGUUGUCAUCUGAGUUGCCUUCCAGCUCUAAAGUUAUGGAUGAUGCCCCCUGAUGGGCAUCCCUGCCCAGAAGUGCCUCACAGGCACUCAGACUACCUCCUUUGACUUUCACAGCCUACAGUCUAGGUGGGAUAACAGCAUCUCGGGAAAUGUUCUUCUGAAGUUGGCAAGAUUCCUGCAGAUCUUGAAGAGGCUGGUCUUGUGACCCUAGCAGCCAAGCCCAGAAUCCUCCUUGUCCCGUCCAGAUGCACACAGGAAUAGGGAGGCUAUGGGACUGUUUACCUCUGGCUUGAGACAAUGGAAAUGGACAUGUGUAUUUGAGGAGUCUGAAUGACCUGUGAAUAGGAGGAGGAAAGAUUUAUUUUUUCAGUUAUUCUAUCCAGCAAACUCACAGCUGCAGUUUCCCCAAAAGUGGUGGUAGGGGAAUUCCUGCCAGGGACUAUCCCAAAUCACCCCAAGAUAGAGCUGGUUAGAGUUCCAAAGAAGGAAGGACUAAAUGCCAGGGUGAUCUAUCUAAAGCAUUUAUUAUAGAGGGUAUCAACAUCCUCUAGAUGAAUACCAGGAAAGGAAAUGUUCUAUAUGGGCAGAUCCAUGAGAGAGUGUUUGGUCAUGGAGUUUUUGUGAGAGUUUAUGAAAUUUCAGGGCCAGGGAUAGUUUCUACAUGUUUUGACACAUACUCGAUCUGUUUAAUCUAGACAAUUUUAUCAAUGCCUAGGAAUGGGUAAAGUGACACCUUGGGUUCCAUCCUUCAGAAGAAAACAAGCAACUGGCCAGGUUACCAAGUAGUCAAGGUUGUCUGUGUUUUUUAGAAAAAUAAAGAAGUGGGGGCUGGGACUGUGGGCCUCUCCAGUUGUCAUGUUGACUUGGCUUUUAGAUUGGUUCUAAAUGGAUUCCUAGAGCCAGGAGGGAUAGAGAAGGAGGCCACAGGGCGAAUGGAGUCUAGGUUUUAGCUGAGAGAUGUCCUCCUGUAGAAAGUGAUUCCAUGCCCUUACAUCAGGUUUAGGUACCACACUACCCUGUGUUCCUGCAGCACCCUAUGUCCCUCUUGCCCCAUCAGAUGUGGCAUCAUCCCUGCUACUUCAGUUGCUCAUCUCCUCCCACUUAAAUGGUUAGCUUCCUAAGGGCAGGAGCCAUGUCUGAUCUGCCCUUCAAUUCCUUCCCAGUGCGUAGUACAGUGCCUGGCCCAUGGGGAAUAUUAAGUAAAGAUUUAUUAAUAGGUUAAUGGUGAAGGCACUUUCUCUGGAUAUUCCCCUUAAUACCCUCACUGAUCAUCACAUUAUCCAUGUGAUGCCAGAGUCUACCCUACUAAUAAUCUCCAAGUUAAUGGGCUACACCCAUGACUCCAGUGAAUCAUAAUCUUAAAAGUUGAACCCAUUGGAAUAUUGUUCAGCCAUAAAGAACUAUGAAAUUAUGGCAUUUACCAGUAAAUGGAUGGAACUAGAGACCAUCAUGCUAAGUGAAAUAAACCAAUCCCCAAAAAACAAAAGCUGAAUGUUCUCUCUGAAAGGCGGAUAAUGAUUCCCAAUAGGCCGGGAAAGCAGGGCAUGGAGAUUCACCAGAUUG